AUGGCCGACGACAACAUUUCCAUCUACGACGAGAUCGAAAUCGAGGACAUGACCUUUGACGAGGACGUGCAAAUCUACCACUACCCCUGCCCGUGUGGCGACAAGUUCCAGAUUGCGCUGGCCGACCUGCGCGACGACGAGGACAUUGCCGUGUGCCCCAGCUGCAGCCUCAUGAUCCGCGUCAUAUUCGACAAGGACGACCUCCCGAAGGACCCCGAAGACGGUCCCGAGCCGGCCCUCGAGGAGGCUUCCGCCCAGAUCCCCGUUGCCGCCUAA